AUGUCAGUUUUAGUGAGUAGGUGCACCCUACGGCGCCCUAGAACAACUCAAUCUUUAGCGCCAAUCUGUACAACAAUACUCAAGUCUACCACCGUUGAAACAAAUCUGUUUCGUCGCAGGCUUUUCUCAACCACGCCCAAUAUUCAGGAGAAAAAGGAAAAGGAUAAGAAAAAGAAACGCGACAUGGAUCGAAGUCUUCGUAUUGCCGUCGCCGGAUGUGGCCAUGGCACACUGGACGCCCUCUAUGCAUCUGCGCAGGCAUCUUGUGAAGCGCGCGGCUGGGACAAUUUAGAUCUCUUUAUCGUCGGAGGUGAUUUUCAAGCCGUCCGCAACGCGAAGGAUCUUUCAGUCAUGUCUGUGCCAGCCAAGUAUCGUGAGCUGGGCGAUUUCCCAGAGUACUACAGUGGCAAGAAGAAGGCCCCGUACUUGACCGUAUUCGUCGGCGGGAACCAUGAGGCCAGUGCACAUUUGUGGGAGCUGUUCUACGGAGGCUGGGUCGCGCCCAACAUUUACUACAUGGGCGCCGCUAACGUGCUGCGACUCGGCCCUCUACGAAUAGCUGGCAUGGGCGGUAUCUACAACGAGCCUCACUACGACAAAGCUCACUAUGAACGCCUUCCUUUUAGUCGGAGUCAUAUGUCUAGCUUCUACCACACACGUGAAUUUGACGUGCGCAAACUCUUACAAUUACGAGAGCAAGUUGACGUCGUAUUGAGCCACGACUGGCCAAGAGCUAUAGAGAAUUACGGCAAUGCCGCCACGUUGUUUAAGUGGAAGCCUGAUUUUCGAAAGGAGAGUCUCGAUGGCUCGCUGGGGAACCCUGCGGCAGCAUAUGUCAUGGAUCGACUGAGACCCGCGUAUUGGUUCUCGGCCCACAUGCACUGCAAAUAUCCCGCUGUCAAGACAUAUAAAGAUCCAAGCAAAGCUGAACUGGCUAAAAUGAAGAAGGAACAGGAGGAGCAGAAGGCUGCAGCCGCAGCUUCGGAGGAGGCUACUGCCAACCCUGACGAGAUCGAUCUGGACAUGGAUGAUGAAGCGGAACCCUCACCAGCCAAACCGACCGAUACCACGACAUCUUCAGACCCCGGAAGCACAACCCCAGUCGACGCUAUUUCUGAAGAGCUCCGCGCACAGCUACCGGCGUCCUUCGCUAAACCGGUGCAAAGGCCAUCCGGAGUCAAUCCAGGCCAACCGGUUCCGCCAUCCAUCACAAAUAAAGCCGUCCGCUUUCUCGCCUUGGACAAGUGUCUCCCAGGGCGCAAGUAUCUCCAGUUGUGCGAGGUAACGCCCGUUAGCAAAUCGCCUAUGGAGAAGUCCAAGAAAUCAGACAACCCAGAACAACGCUAUGAGCUGGAGUAUGAUCCGGAAUGGCUUGCGAUCACACGUGCUUUUGCGCCGUACCUGACCAUCGGUGGGCCGCAUAUGGCCCCGGCACCCCCUGAUCUAGGCGAAGAAGUAUAUCGGCCGAUGAUCGACCAAGAGCGCGCCUGGGUGAAGCUGAACAUCGUCGACAAGGGCAAGCUGGCCGUGCCCCACAAUUUCGCCCUCACCGCGCCGCCUCACCGUCGGGGCGUCGAUCCCGACUUCGUCGACGAACAGCCCGACGAGUACACGAACCCGCAGACGACGGCGUUCUGCGAGCUGCUUGGCGUGCCGAACCUCUGGGAUGCGAGCCCCGAGGAAAGGGCAAGGCGGAAGGAGGAAGGUCCCAAGGUCACUUCCGCGGAACCGAGAUUUAGUCGUGGCGGUGGAAGGGGUCAUGAUAGCAAGUUUACAAAACGGGAGAGGUUUGUAAAGGGAGGACGAGGCUGGGGAAAAUCGGUUGAGGCGUCGGUGCAUGCACCAGACUGGGGUUCAGUUCAUUCAAAGUGA